AAAGAUGUCUGUAAUAACAGAUGAGAUAAGACCGAGUACUUCAGAAAAUGUACCACGGAGAUGAAAUCUGCCAAGAGAAAUCGAAGUGGCUGCUCACAGAAAUGGGUUUGCCGAAUGGGCUUAUGCCAUUGAAGGAAAUUGAGGAGUGCGGCUUCGUGAAGGAAACCGGCUUCGUAUGGCUGAAGCAGAAGAAGAAGUGCGAGCACAAGUUCGUCAAGAUCAGCCCGGUUCAGUACGCCGAACCGGAUCAAGAAUUAAUUAAGCUCACCGGCGUCAAGACAAAGGAGCUCCUCCUGUGGGUCACUCUCUCCAACAUCUCCGUCGACGAUCCGCCACCGGAAAGAUCACAUUCUAGUCUCAAGACUCCCACGGGUCAAAUCUGGAAGAAGGAAGCGAUUAACGAAAAGAAAAAAGCGUGGAAACCGUUUUCUACAGGUUUCAAUUUACACUUCGGUUUUAAAAAAAAUGUGAACAUAAAAAGAUAAAAACUGUCAUGAAAAUU